AUAAUGAACUCCCAAGACAAUAGUCAGGAAAGUCUGGUCAGUCUUCUCAAUUAGGGAAAUUGUUCUUGUAAACGGUUGAAUGACUUAAAUGUUUAUGUAAAAUUAUGAAAUCAUUUAUGCACUAAAAGAUUAAAAGAUGUGUCAUAUGGUUGACCUCAGAUUUAUUAAAUUGAUUUAUAUAUGCAUUUAGUAGCAGUCAUUUCAAUUUGACAAUGACUCUGACCUAUGUUGUAAGUGACCUGACUGAAUUUCCUAAAAUUUCUUCAACUCUGACAGGUUGACAUCACCAUGUCCCGCCGCGUAACAUCUAACCAGGUAGUGCUUAUGUUGCCUGUGGUUCUGUUAGUGUUGCUGAUGCCCCUCAGCAGAAGUUUUCAAGCCCUGACUCCUGGCUGCCAUCUUUACCCAUUUAACGUGACCAUACGUACAGACAAGCGAGGGACAUGUCGAGGAACUCAAGUGGUGUACGCUUGUGUGGGCUACUGCGAGUCCAGCGCGUUCCCGUCACGCUACUCUGUGCUGCUGGCGUCCAAUUUCACCCACAACAUAACGUCGGCUUCCCGCUGCUGCACCAUUAGCAAGGAUGCCAAGGUCAAAGUUCGCCUGCACUGUCCUCGAGGCCGUCACCACGAUGACAUCGAGAUCUUGACUGCACGUGCCUGUCGGUGCAACAUGUGUCACAAAUCCCGUUACUGAGAGCCCACGUGAAGAGUCACUCAUGCUGUACUGCUGUGCAAUUAUUCAAUUUUUUUUUUCAAAUACAUUUUUGAUUUUACCAUUUUCAUUGCACUUGUAAAUUUACAUAGAAAUACACUACCACUGAAAAGUUUGGGGUCAGUAAGAUUUAAAAAAAAAAAAAAAAUCAUACUUUUAUUCAGCUAGAAUGCAUUUAAUCGAUCAAGUAACAUUAAGAUAUUUAUAAAAAUUACACAAGAUUCAUUUUUCAAAUUAAUCCUAUUCUUUCUAACUUUCUGUUCAAAGAG